UUCAAUUUCAAUUUUGAUACGCAGUGUUCUCCCAUUUUUUCGUUUUCAUUUUCCUUCGCAGCAAAGCGAACAGUCACCAUUAUUGUGCCAGUGAAGCAUUCAUCACCUUCAAUCAUUUCCUUUCUAAACCCUCAACUUCCACAGAUCUGUUUCUUCCCCUUUCUGCCUUCCAUUUCCACCUAUCAAUCAUUGAUUCUGGUUAGGGUUUACGCUUUCUGCUGAUCCGAGGCGUUUGAAUUGGUGAAGGGAAAAGAGCUUGCCCUGACAGAAUGGGGGUUCUGGUCCCGCUUCUCUUCUACGUCGUCGCAUUCUUUUGCACCGUUGGAGCGAUCGCUUUGGCUAUUCUCCACAUUUACAGACACCUUCUCAAUUACACUGAGCCCACUUAUCAACGCUUCAUCGUUCGGAUUAUUUUCAUGGUUCCGGUAUAUGCGCUAAUGUCAUUCUUGUCCCUUGUUCUACCUGACAGUUCAAUCUAUUUUAAUUCUAUUCUGGAAGUCUAUGAAGCUUGGGUCAUUUAUAAUUUCCUGUCACUGUGUCUGGCAUGGGUUGGUGGUCCUGGAGCAGUUGUAAUAAGUUUAAGUGGUCGGGUUCUGAAGCCAUCAUUAUGUCUGAUGACUUGUUGCUUUCCUCCUAUACCACUGGAUGGGCGUUUCAUACGUAAAUGCAAGCAAGGAUGUCUGCAGUUUGUGAUUUUGAAGCCCAUUUUAGUUGUUGUUACACUUAUACUUUAUGCAAGGGGGAAGUAUGAGGAUGGAAAUUUCAGUCCAAAGCAGGCAUACCUAUAUCUUACAAUCAUUUAUACGAUCUCAUAUACAAUGGCACUCUAUGUUCUUGCUUUGUUUUAUAUGGCAUGCAAGGAUCUGCUUCAGCCAUUCAACCCAGUUCCAAAGUUUAUUAUGAUAAAAUCUGUUGUAUUCCUGACUUAUUGGCAGGGGGUGUUAUUCUUUCUUGCUGCAAAGUCAGGAUUCAUCAAGGAUGCUAAUGAAGCUGCCCUACUUCAAAAUUUUAUCAUUUGUGUUGAGAUGCUUGUUGCAGCUGUGGGCCACUUUUAUGCAUUUCCAUACAAAGAAUAUGCCGGUGCUAAUAUAGGUGGAUCCCGUGGUUUGACAGCUAGCCUUGGGCAUGCAUUGAAGUUAAAUGACUUUUACCAUGAUACAGUCCACCAGUUUGCACCAACGUAUCAUGAUUAUGUUCUCUAUAAUCAUAGUGAAGGUGAAGAGGGAGCACGGAAGUACAGGUCACGAACUUUUGUUCCAAUUGGCCCGGAGAUGGAUUCUGUGAGAAGAAAUAAGAAUAUGAUUGGAAACAAGUUAGAUGACAUACAGCUCUCAAGUUUAUCUUCUUCUAACAGUAGCACUCCCUCAAAUUCUGAUCCCAUGCCUGAUACUUCUAAUUCUGAUGCAAUGAAAUCUUCCUUGCUUGUGGAUAUGUCCAAUUCUGCAUCUCUACCUUAUGAUUUGACGCUUAUUGACUUGGAUGUAUCCAGUUACCCUGAAGAAGUUCCUGCGGCUGAUAAAGCUGAUGGUAGGUGACCCUGAGGAACAUUCAUAACUAGGUCUGGUGGGGAAAAAAUGUUAAUUGUUAGAGGAGAUUAGAGGGGCAUCCAACAUAUUUUCUGUGCUUGGAAAGAACAAUGAUCAAACUGUGGUUUCUUAAAUUCCGGGUAAGGAAUUAAGCAGAUCAUAUGCAAACCUACAUUUGUGUAAAAUCUCCCUUAAAAAAGUCGUAGUUGGCCUCACUCCAAAGCAAAACAGUCAUUGAUAUUGGUCACAGUCUUCAUACUGUAAUUGUCUGCAAUGGUUGUGUGUCCUGUGUGUACAUUGUAGAUACGGAACUUGUUGACAUGCUUAAAAGUUUAAACAUUAAAGAUACCAAAAACAUUGAUUUAGAACUAAUUUAUUGAUUCUUUUCUCC